AUGGCCAAUAUAGUAAUACCCUCAUCCACUUUAAUCCUCUUGUCUUUGUUUCUUCUACGAUGCGAUUGUAAUCUUGAACCCUCUUCUCCUGAAUUUUCCAUUCAUAACCCACAAGCCCAUCAUCAUCAUCAUAAUCAUAAUCGACGUCGAAGUCAUCCGAACACUAUUCCGCCCUGCGAUCUUGAAACAGGUUGUCUGAAACGAGCUCACAAGAUAGCCCAUGCACCGGUGCCUAGCCAUGCAGAACUUCCUCCCAAGCGAAGCUACUGGCUUAUGUCUAAUCCCAUUACAUCACCGGUAAAUAAUUUUGAAGAACCGCCUCCCAGCCCAAGCUACCAGUUUAUGUCCGAUUCCAUUACAGCAUCGGUGAUUAAGAUUGAAGAACCACCUUCCAGCCGGAGCUAUCGAUUUAUGUCGGAUCCCAUUACAGCAUCGGUGAUUAAUAUUGAAAAACCACCUCCCACCCCGAGGUAUCGAUUUAUGUCGGAUCCCAUUACAGCAUCGGCAAUUAAUAUUGAAAAACCACCUCCCACCCCGAGGUAUCGAUUUAUGUCGGAUCCCAUUACAGCAUCGGCAAUUAAUAUUGAAAAACCACCUCCCACCCCGAGGUAUCGAUUUAUGUCUGAUCCCAUUACACCAUCGGUGACUACUCAUGCAGAACCGUCUCCCAAGCCAUUCAAUGCUUGA